AUGAGCACAAAUCUAACAGUCCAGAAGAGGAAUCAAGUUGCACAAUUUAUCCUUGAAGGCAGCAAGGAUGGUAAGCCAAGUAAAGGCAGGUACAAGGAAGCACAAUUGAAGUUCAACAUCUCUCGAGCAACCGUCUUUCGACUAUGGGCUGCUGCAAAAAAACAACAAAAGAAUGGUGAUGUAAUACAUCUUGUAAGUGGUAAAACAACUAGACUUCAUGCGAAGCACAUUGAACUUGAUCUUACCUUGCUUGUGAAUAUGGAAUGCACUAAGAGGGGAAGCAUUAGAAGGCUAGCACAAGGGUUAGGGGCUAGUAAAAGCACUGUCGGGAGAUGGGUGAAAAGUGGAAAAAUCAGAGCACAUACAAGUGCCAUCAAACCCGAUUUAACAGCCACAAAUAAACUUUUGAGGUUGAGAUUUUCACUCCAAUCCUUAGAAUUGGAUAGAAUACUCAACGUCAUAAAGUUCAAGGAUAUGCAUAACACCGUGCACAUUGAUGAGAAAUGGUUUUAUAUUACUAAGGGCACACAUCGGUACUACUUGGCUCCGGGAGAGCCCGAGCCAUAUAGAUCAUGCAAAAGUAAGACAUUCAUUGGAAAGAUCAUGUUCAUAUGUGCUGUCACUAGACCAUUGAUUGCAGAAAAUGGUGAAGUUCUGUUUGAUGGAAAGAUAGGGAUCUUUCCAUUCAUAGAAAGGGUGCCAGCAAAGAGAAACAGUAGAAACAGAAAUGCAGGCACGUUGGAGACGAAGCCAAUAGAAUCAAUCACCCGGGAGGUGUAUAAAGCUUGGCUAAUCAAUGAGGUAGUACCAGCAGUAAUGACCAAGUGGCCAGAGGGAGCAAGCAAACGAAUUGACAUUCAGCAGGACAAUGCAAGACCCCACAUUCUAGACAAUGAUCCGGAUUUCAGGGCUGCCGCAAGUAAAAAUGGAUUCGACAUAAGACUCAAACAACAGCCACCAAACAGUCCAGAUUGCAACGUGAACGACCUAGGGUGGUUUCGAGCAAUACAAUCAUUGCAAGUGGAGACAGCAUGCAACACCGUGGAUGAAUUACUACAUGCAGUGACUGAUUCAUUCAAUAGACUUUCACCUCACACACUAAACAAAGUUUUCCUUAGUCUUCAAUCAUGCUUGAUAGAGAUAAUGAAGUUUAGAGGCCACAACAGUUAUCGAGUACCUCAUAUGGGCAAGGAAGCACUAAGAAGGGCAGAUCGCUUGCCAGUUAACCUAGAAGUGCCAGUGGAGCUUAUUGAAGCAUGCAUAAAUCAUCUCAAUGAAAGUGGAAGCAGUGAUGGAAUGACAGAUAUAGUGCAGAAUCUGGGCCUAGACAUAAUCGAGAGUGCUUAG